CGAGGCCGGCCGAGAGGGAUGCUGGCCGCGUGUCCCGGUCCCCGACACCCUUCUGUGGGCCUCGUCAGCCGAGCCAUCUUGCGUGGGACGUCGAGGGAGCCUUCUUAGGCAGACCUGCAGGGGUCCUCGGUGAGCCCUGUCAUGGUUCUUUAAGGAACCUCGUUGCCUAGAAGUCCCAACACGCAGUUCCCCGUCGCCGGGAAGGCGUGGACUCCAAGAUGAUCAUAAAGGAGUAUCGGAUUCCUCUGCCGAUGACCGUGGAGGAGUACCGCAUCGCCCAGCUCUACAUGAUACAGAAGAAGAGCCGCAACGAGACAUAUGGCGAAGGCAGUGGCGUGGAGAUCCUGGAGAACAGGCCAUACACGGACGGCCCAGGCGGCUCCGGACAGUACACACACAAGGUGUACCACGUGGGCAGGCACAUUCCCAGCUGGUUCCGCUCCAUCCUGCCCAAGGCGGCCCUGCGGGUGGUGGAGGAGUCCUGGAACGCCUACCCCUACACACGAACCAGGUUCACUUGCCCUUUCGUGGAGAAAUUCUCCAUCGACAUUGAGACCUUUUAUAAAACCGAUGCCGGAGAAAACCCCAACGUCUUCAGCCUGUCGCCCGUGGAAAGGAGCCAGCUGGUGAUCGACUUCAUCGACAUCGUCAAGGACCCCGUGCCCCCCAACGAGUAUAGGACGGAAGAGGACCCCAAGCUGUUCCACUCCAUCAAGACCCAGCGGGGGCCCCUGUCGGACAACUGGAUCCAGGAGUACAAGCAGCAGGUGUUCCCCAUCAUGUGCGCCUACAAGCUGUGCAAGGUGGAGUUCCGCUACUGGGGCAUGCAGUCCAAGAUCGAGAGGUUCAUCCACGACACCGGCCUGCGGAAGGGCCGCGGCCUGAAGAAGCAGUGGUCCACGUCCUCCAAGUCAUCGCGGUCAUCCAAGCGGGGAGCCAGCCCCUCCCGCCACAGCAUCUCGGAGUGGAGGAUGCAGAGUAUCGCCCGGGACUCAGACGAGAGCUCGGAGGAUGAGUUCUUCGAUGCGCACGAGGACCUGUCCGACUCAGAGGAAACCUUCCCCAAGGACAUCACCAAGUGGAACUCCAAUGACCUCAUGGACAAAAUCGAAAGCCCCGAGCUGGAGGACACACAGGACGGGCUAUACCGUCAGACCACCCCCGAGUUCAGGGUGGCCUCCAGCGUGGAGCAGCUGAACACCAUCGAGACCAAACAUAAGACCACCCUGUGCUCAGCCUGCCUGCAUUUCCUGAAGAAAAAAAGAUGGAAGGGGAGGAAGCAAAAGCCAUCUAGGCAGAAGGUGCCCCUGAGGCCACGGCUCUGUUCUAACCGGGCCCCCUCCCCCAGCCUCAGCCCCUACAGCCACGACGAAGGCUGUCUGUCCAGCAGCCAGGACCACAUCCCGCUGGCCGCCCUGCCCCUGCUGGCCACUUCCUCACCCCAGUACCAGGAGGCUGUUGCCACGGUGAUCCAGCGAGCCAACCUGGCCUACGGGGACUUCAUCAAGUCCCAGGAGGGCAUGACCUUCAACGGGCAGGUCUGCCUGAUCGGGGACUGUGUGGGGGGCAUCCUGGCGUUUGACGCCUUGUGCUACAGCAGCCAGCCGGUGUCCGAGAGUCAGAGCAGCAGCCGUCGGGGCAGCGUGGCCAGCGUGCAGGUACCGGGGAUCAAAGCUGCCGGUCCCUGUCGGCACCUGAGCCGCAGCAACAUCGACAUCCCCCGGAGCAAUGGCACCGAGGACCCCAAAAGGCAGCUGCCCCGGAAGAGGAGUGACUCGUCCACCUACGAGCUGGACACGAUCCAGCAGCACCAGGCCUUCCUGUCCAGGUGGGCGGGGCUGGCAGGGGCUGGGGGUCAGAGCAGGACGACCACCGCCUCCCCCAUGCUGGACGGCACAGGGGCCCUGGGCAGGUUCGACUUCGAGGUCGCCGACCUCUUCCUCUUCGGGUGCCCGCUGGGGCUGGUCCUGGCCUUGAGGAAGACGGUCAUCCCCAGCCUGGAUGGUGAGAGCCCUGCGGCGGGGGUGUGUGGGGGGGACUACAUGAUCAGAGCCCCGCUGGGCGACGGCUGCUCCACGCUGCUGGUCGAGACCGUGCAGAGAAACCCCGAGCUGGUCCUGGAGGGCGGCCCCCUGACCCCCCUCCCCGGGGACGGCUUCCUGGAAACCAGUAUCCCAGUUCCCGAGCUCACCUGGCAAGACGGGCCCCGCCCGAGCCCGGGCCCGGGCUGUGCUGAGUCGGAGGCGCUCCAGACCCACAACGCACUCUUCCAAGAGCACACGGCCCCCUCCUCGCCCGGCGCGGCCUCCGGCACCCGGGGUUUCCGCCGAGCCAGUGAGAUCAGCAUCGCCAGCCAGGUGUCGGGCAUGGCGGAGAGCUACACCGCAUCCAGCAUUGCCCAGAUUGCUGCGAAGUGGUGGGGCCAGAAGCGGAUCGACUACGCCCUGUACUGCCCGGAUGCCCUGACGGCCUUCCCCACCGUGGCCCUGCCACACCUCUUCCACGCCAGCUACUGGGAGUCCACCGACGUGGUCUCCUUCCUGCUUAGACAGGUCAUGAGGCACGACAGCGCCAGCAUCUUGGAGCUGGACGGCAAGGAGGUCUCGGUGUUCACCCCCUCGAAGCCCAGAGAGAAGUGGCAGCGCAAGAGAACCCACGUGAAGCUGCGGAAUGUGACAGCCAACCACCGGAUCAAUGACGCGGUGGCCAACGAGGAUGGCCCCCAGGUUCUGACGGGCCGGUUCAUGUACGGGCCCCUGGACAUGGUCACCCUGACGGGGGAGAAGGUGGAUGUGCACAUCAUGACGCAGCCACCCUCGGGCGAGUGGCUGUACCUGGACACGCUGGUGACCAACAGCAGCGGGCGCGUGUCCUACACCAUCCCCGAGACUCACCGCCUGGGCGUGGGCGUCUACCCCGUGAAGAUGGUGGUCAGGGGAGACCACACGUUUGCUGACAGCUACAUCACCGUGCUGCCCCGGGGCACGGAGUUCGUGGUCUUCAGUAUUGACGGCUCCUUUGCCGCCAGCGUGUCCAUCAUGGGCAGUGACCCCAAAGUGCGGGCCGGGGCCGUGGACGUGGUGCGGCACUGGCAGGACCUGGGAUACCUCAUCAUCUAUGUCACGGGCCGGCCCGACAUGCAGAAGCAGCGGGUGGUGGCGUGGCUGGCCCAGCACAACUUCCCCCAUGGCGUGGUGUCCUUCUGUGACGGCCUGGUGCACGACCCGCUGCGGCACAAGGCCAACUUCCUGAAGCUGCUCAUCUCCGAGCUGCACCUGCGCGCACACGCAGCCUACGGCUCCACCAAGGACGUGGUGGUCUACAGCUCCAUCAGCCUGUCCCCCAUGCAGAUCUACAUCGUGGGCCGGCCCACCAAGAAGCUGCAGCAGCAGUGCCAGUUCAUCACAGACGGCUACGCGGCCCACCUGGCCCAGCUCAAGUAUAACCAC